AUAGGCUUUUAGUUAGUAUAAUUAACUUCAAUUUUACCUUGCGGCAUAAGAAAAUCGUAUUCUCAAAAUUAAAGCCAAAGAACUAGUUCAGUUCUAAUCGGACAUCUGUGCAUCUCAUUGUUUCCAGUAUAUAUUUCUGCAAAACUGAUAAUUCAGUCAUUGUUCAAUUUCUGCGAUCUUACGACACAAGGACUUUUCGUCCAUUUCCUAGGAAAUUGUCUGUUCUUGUACACCCUAACUUACCAGGAAAAGAAGAGAAAAAAGAGGGAAGCAAAAAUAGCAGAGCGAGGUUUUGAUCCUCGGACCUCAGGGACCUCAGGUCGCAGCACACUUCCACUGCGCCACUCUGCUUUCCAUGGGCCCCUGCUAAAAAGUAUAAGAGAACGGCUAUUUACAUUAAUAGGACAUUUGCACGAUGACGAUAUUUGACUACAACUACCAGAAUUCAUUUCGGUUUUGCUUUGUUAUUUAAAUUUGUCAAUCCCGCUGAGGAUUAAAGAACAAUAGCCUUAAUUUGCACAAGAAAACAGAAAACUCAAGGAUUCUAGUAGUUGUUAUAAACUGACGUCAUCGUGCAAUUGUCCUAUUAUCACGCUGGAAUCGCCCUGCAAUCAUUGUUAUGAUUAUUAUUUUUUAAACCUUAUGAAAAUAAAUAAAGAAAAAGAAUGACGGUAGGAAAAUGAAUCAUACGUAAAAGUUUUGAAUUCACUAUUUUCACAUUGGUGCCAGGCACCUUGGUUGGCCUCCUAAAUUUAGUACAAGGAUUGUAUUUAAUGCUUUCUGGGUAUUAGAAGUUAAAAACAAUGCUGAAGCAACAUUUUAACGGUAAUCAAGAAGUAUUUUCGGUAAUGUGAAAAUAUUGAAUAAAAAAAGCGUUUGGGUUGCCUAUAGUUACAAUAGAGCUCAUUAAGACAACAACUGAAUUUUUACUAUCAGUUUCUAAUUGCUUCUUAGUUUAUGAUAAUUGUGUUUUAUCUUUUUCCACAGGACUACAUUGUGUUUCUGCCAGAGGAUUAUUACAAGGCUAAACUUCUCAAAGAUGUUUCCUCAGAGCCAUGUUUGCUGCGAACCUCAAAGCCCGAACACUGCGAUAUGUACACGUAUUAUGAGCCUAAAAGCCCGUCGAUCAUCACCGUGUCUGGGGACAAGGCAUAUACGCUUCCAUUAAAAGGAAACCCUGAUAUAUUUAUAGAUCCGCGAUUUGAUUUAAGGGACCAAAGGCUGUCUAAUAUGGCAUUGUUGGGUAACAUUCAGGUAAUACUGUAUUCUGGUUUUACUGUCCUCGAAGUAAGAUGUAAUAAGGCACGCAAUGCGUACAUGUGUCUACUAGUAUGCUGUAAAGGAUGAGAGGAGAUCGAUGUAAUAGAAUACACGAUGCAUAAAUAUGUCUGAUGAUGUGCUGUAAUGAAAAACGUUCAUACGUAGAGGUCUUUGCCAGAGUACCUUAAACCUCGUUAAUUCGGUCACAAAAAGAACAGAUCCUACUUUCCGCAUUACCUUUUUAUAAAGGGAGGUAUCUUAGGCAACAAGUUAAUUGUCCAUUACAGUAGUGUGGGAGUAUGAUUGAAGUGCCUGCAAUGUAAGGAAAGGUUUAACUAGGCAAUCAAACAUCCUUAAUGCGAACAGGAAAGGAACAGAUCCAAAUUUCCUCAUACAUAGGUGUCCUUAUUAUAGAAGUAGGCAUUGAAUGACUUUUUGUAUCUUUGGCACAAGUUCAAAAACACGUUAAUUCAUAACGAAAAAAACAAAAGAAAUUAAUGUUUAACGAGUAUCUUUAUAUGUGAUAAAGGUACGGCUAAAUUUUACGUCCAUUUUUUUAGACCAAAAUAACCCCAAAUCUAAAUAUUAGUGCAAGAAUGAGUUGAUCUAUAUCAGGAAUUUUGAAGCCGUCCAAAAAACUCGCAGUCAGGUUUAAAACCCCCGUCUUCGCCUCCGAGUUUUUAAUCCUGUAAUACACUCCUCGUUUUUUAAACAGAACGUAAAUUGUCUGUUAUGAUAUAGAUAUGUGUGCGUAUUAUACUUAUUGUACGUAGUAACUGUAAAAAGAGACAUUCAACUUUACAUUCAAACCACCUUUCGACGGACAACAAAUGGGGAACACAGAAGUGUCCUGGUAACAUACAGGUGUGAAAUGCCGCAUGACACUUGGUGUCCUUGAAGAGACCAAGGAAACUGAAAGCAGCGUCUUGAGUUUGCUCUUUGACAGAAAAGUCAAUCCGGAAUUUAUUGAAAAUUCCCCGGCGCCAUCUCCCGAGACUAAUGUUCUUUUUAAACAAUUUUUAAGCCUUCCAUAGGAUUUGAUAUCUCAGUGCCGGAAUCCGGUCAUUACGUCAUCAUGGUGACGUAUCUCCACCCAGAGAGAUUUACUCAGCGUGCGUUUGUUAGAGUAGGAUAUGAACGAGGACAUCUGGAGAUAUUACCUUGUAAAUACCAGUUUGCCUGCCGUCAGUUUGCUAUGGAUGACAAUAAGAAGCCCAAGUCCUUUGAGUUGACGGCCUCU